AUGCCGAUAUUUUAUUGGAGAGGUGGUAAUGAAUUAAAAGAAAAGGAAUAUCUUGAAGCAGAAUAUUCAAAGUUAUUUCUUGAUAGAGCAAAAGCUGAAGACGAUUUGAAAUCUGCCGAAGAAGAACUUGCACGCGCACGUAGUACACUUAUGGAAAGAGAAGGUUAUUCAAAUGCACUUGCUAGUUUCAUGGAUUCUGAUACUCAAGGUGCAACAGAGGAAAUACAACUGAAGAAAGAACUUGAAGAAUUACAGAAUAAGACAGAGGAAGCAGAUCUAGAGUUACAAAAAUAUACAUCUCAGGCGCAACCAGCCGUUACUGCUUCAUUACAAAAAGAAAAGGCAUAUUACUUGCUCGAGAAGCAAAGGUACCAAAGGAGUUACUUAAACGCACUUAGUACUGGUGACCAAUGCAGAAAUCAAGCUGCUUUAAUUGUAACUUCAAACCGUUACCGUCGAGCAGUUGAUUUAGAGUUCCAGUACGAUAAAGCUCUCAAGAAGAGAAACUAUUUACGCCAAAGAGUUAUUCAAGCUAAGAAUGAAAUUGACUCAAUGACUCCAUCGCGAAACCCUCUUAACACAAAGGAGGCAAAAGAUCAACGUAAAACACUUACAAAUGGUAUCGAAACAAAGUUGGCCAUACAAAUCUCAGAAGAGAAACUUCAAAGACAUCCAAUCAAAUACAAAGCUCAUCUUGACUUCCUUUUGCAUAGAAUUGAAGAACUCAAUUACAGAAUGAAAGACAUUGGAUACACAGAUGGAAUUGUUGAUGUUGAUCAACUUCGUGAAGAAAUAUUUAGUCCAGAUUCGCAAAAAAAGAACGAAGAGGAAGAUGAGGAAGAACAAAAUAGAGAAAUAAAUGAAGAACAUACAGAAGAAAAUAUUGAUCAAUCUAAUGAAGAUUCUCAAGAAGAGAAUGAAAAUAAACAAGAAGAUUUAUCGCCGAAAGAAAAAGAAGAAGGAGGAGAUGAGCACAAUGACAAAGAGUCAGUAGAAGAAUCUACAAAUCCACUGCAAAGUCACAAUCCAGAUUCAAAACCAGAGAAAUAA